AUGGAGCGGGUGUGGAGACGUGUUCAGAGCGCUGGACGUCGUGGUACAGCCGGACGCUGCGGUUGUUCCAUACAACCAUGUCAACUGCACGUGGAUCAACGAGCAAAACGUGGUGGCAACAACCGCAAAUCUCAUGGUCCUCAAAAAAUAGUUUGUUCUUGUCAAGUCCAACCAUGUCCUGUUCAUCCUGUGCUUAUCAGGGUACGACGCACGCGGCCUCCAAACAGCUGCGACUGUCCGCCAGAGUCACAGCCGUGUCCUCACGUAAAUCGACCCUCAUCCUCGCGGCGAGUCAGAAGGUGUGAUUGCACUGAGAAGCCCUGUCGUCAUAAUUCAGCCCCAGGAGUAUCUCGUCGUCGUCCCCAAGGUUCCUUCUCAUUCCCUGCAGCUCCUCCACCCCCACGAAUUCAGAAUCCCAACAUCGAUGCAAUCUGCAAGUGUCCCGAAGGCCCGAAUUGUCGGCAUGCAGCGGGAAAAGAUAAUUGUGAAUGUGAAGCUAAGCCCUGCGUUCAUACAAUUAAACCACGGCGUUCACGAUACACGUGCGAGUGUACGAGCCAACCAUGUAGUCAUUCAAAAUCAGCAGAAGGACGUAUUAAGCGUGUCAAGUGUCGAGUUAGAAGAGCCGGAUGUGCCAUGGCUAGAUGUACUGCAGAAUUGGCAAUGUUGAGACUUCAUUGGGAACUUGCUACCGAGUGCGCGCCCUGCAAACCACGCGCUCUUACGCGACGUUUGUGUCGUCGUCAGCAGAGUGAUAACGAGUUAUAUAGGAGUAAUAGCUUCAAGUUUGAGAGGUUCGAGAGGACUAAAGAUGAAUGUGGAACUCCGAUUAGAAAACAGGUGUCGCUUUGUGACGAUUACAGUCUUCCCGUUGACUUUGUGAAUAAACGACGUCCUGCUAGUGCUGCUGCAGUUACAUCUACGGUACAGUGGGCAUUACCAAGCCCCAGUGUAGAGAAUGUGGAAGUUGAAGUAGUAGAGCAAUAUUGCGAUCCACGGGACAGCAAAAAUCGAGCUUACGUAGAACCAGGAGCAGAAACAUCCCUCCCUGCAAUAUACAGUAAAAUAAAUCGUAACUACUGUCGUCCCUAUACAGAUCCUUCGGCGUCUGACUCUUCCUGCAAUGAAGAACUCCGAGGCCAUUCUUAUCAACGUAAAUUUAAAAAUCCUUCGAGAGCGUCCACUGCAGGAAAAGACUCCCGUUUGAGUAAUAAUUCAAUAUCUCAAGACGGUGUGACUGUGGAUUGUGUGGCUUUGGUUCAUAUUACUGACCAAUCACCUACUGAAUCCAAUCCACCAGUGCGUCAUCCAUCACCUUAUUACUACGGAGAUCUUUUUAAAACACCAGAACAACAACAAAAGACUCAGCCCAAUAAGUAUCGAAAAAGUGUAAGCCUUGACGUACCAGGUGACAGAUCGAGAACGCCGGUUUUACCUAAAAGGAAUUCAGUCGCUGGUGAUGGAGGUUCACCUUACGUCUCUUCUUCAAACCCACAACAAAGUCAAGAUCUAGUAAGUCCUACGGGAAGCGAGCAUGCAGUACCAUCAAAGAACAACGAGAUACUCUCAUCGUGUAUUAUUACUGAGUGGGAUCACACCCUGAUGCCUCCACAUCGUCUGUUAAGUCAUGAUCUACCCAAUACUGUGUGUAUGUGCGUGGCAUCAGCUGACGAAGAUGAGUUAGAAGCACCAAUAAAGGUUGCGCGACAUCAAGUGCGCAAACUGAGACGAUCGAAACGCAUAGAGCCACAGCAACCAGCGCUCAUUGAAGACGAAUACGACGUUGAAGCUGAGAAACCUGGAGACGAAGCAGAUAUUGAAGAAGAAGAUAUUGAAGAAAUUGAUGACGAAGAAAUGGCUAGACAACGGCAUUUGUAUGAGACAGCGUUUGAUAGUAAAGUUAGUCGGUCUGAUGACGACCUUGAUGAUGUUGACAGAGUUACAAACCAUCCAGUGUUACACUCUCAUGUGAGAACAAAUGUAAAUACAUCUCAAUCUAGAGCAAGUUCGUCGGUUGAAGCAUCAAAGCCACCAUCACAGAUUCAUUAUAUAGAAUCUCAACAACAAUCAAAAGACCACAGACGAAAAGUUGUCUUAUUGCGACCAAAGCCAAUUCCUGGUAGAUUGCAACAUCAUCCGACUGAUAUUACGAGUAUUUCUCAAGAAAUAGAAUCUCUUCAAAUAAAUUCUGGAGAUGAAAAGGUAUCAUCUCCCCGACUCCCCACACGAGAAUAUACUCCUUCGCCACCUUCAACUGCGCCUUUGCCUGUUAAAUUCCAUGGAAAUAAAGAUCAUCUUCUAUUGAAUAUUCGCAGUGCACCAAAUUUACCCUCACAGCCUGACCAUCCACGACUAAAGGACAUGAGACUGCCUGUAAAAUCGCUGAGAGCUAAGGAUUCCCCUCAGAGCAGCGAGAGUAGCAUUCUGGAGAUCAAAAGUCGACCUAAAAGCUUGGUACAAGAGAACAACGAAUCAUAUGUUCGCAGAACAGAAAAAGAGAUUAUUCUCGAGUUCAAAGGAAGGCCAAAAGAAGAACGACAACGUCCAAGAAGCUUGGUCAGAGAGAGUAGACCGAUUAUGGAGUUCAAGGGAAGGCCACAUGAAGCUGAGGGUGAUCUGCCGAGACCCAAGAGAGAGUCCGGCUUGAUAGAAUUUAAACUUCGUCAAACUAGACGAAGAAUCGGAUACUCCAGUACUGAAAGUAUGGCAACCAGUAGCAGCGGAGGUAGUAUGGAAUCAUUGAGAAGCAGUACUAGCGAGGGAAAUAGGUCAACCAGCAGUUCAGAAAGUAGACACAGUACGAGCUUAAGUUCUCACAGUUCUGAUAGCGGUAGUACAAAUUGCUUCCAUCAUCAUCACCAUCAUCAUCAACAACCUGCUUCUGGUUUUCUAACUUACCAUGCAUCCAAACUUCACAUUUUAUCACCCAUAUCCGACAAGUCGUCGCAAGAACCAGCUUCUGAAACUUCGGAUAACAAUCGUAACAACAAUUCUCAAAAAGCAUCACCAGAAGAAACAUCCACUGAAAACAUUACAACCAAUGUUAACACAAAUACAAAUACCACAAAUAUUGUAUCCCCAUCAACAGAUACCUCGUUUAAAAAACGUCGAGCACCACAGAAUAAAAAUUUAAUCAAUUUAGCUCUUCAAUCAUCGUCAUCUGGGGAUGCUGAAAUUCAAGGAUCAGACAGUGGUAUUUCUAUUGAAUCACGUGCAGGCAUUAAAUGUAAACCAUUUGGCUUUCAUUUACUCAAACCACAAAUCGACAAUAUCAAUUUAGUUGACAAUGAACCUGAUUUAUCUGAUCUACCUUUCGAUAUGCCAAAACUUCGUAGAAGAAGACUGCUUAUGCAGCAGGAUGCAACCACUUCAGGCAGUGCAACUAGCGUAGAUCUCAGGGAUCUUCCAUUUGACAUGCCAAAAUUAAGAAGGAGAUUAAGGUGUACACAGAGUACAGAAUCCAGUGCUUCUCAAGCUUCUUCAAGCCUUUCAAUUAGAGAUGUUGACCCACCUCCACUCUUCGGCGGCAGUGUGGCGCGUCCAAAGAUGACGCUUAACUUGGAAGCUAAUGGUGGAAAUGGCGGAAAUGGGGGUGGUCUCCCAAUGAUGAAGAAACCUGGUGGAUUGAGUCUUGGUCUUGAGCUAACAACUAGCCGUGCAUCUGCGGAUCUUGUAGACGUUGAAUUACCACUUGAAAGACAAGGAUGGUAUCAUGGAUCGAUAACGAGAAUCGAGGCUGAGGCAGUACUGAGACUCUUGCGAGAAGGAAGCUACCUUGUGAGAAACAGUGAAUCGACUAAGCAGGAUUAUUCUUUGUCGUUGAAGAGUGCUCGAGGAUUUAUGCAUAUGAGGAUACAGAAGAAUGAAGAAUUAAAUGCUUACAUUCUAGGACAAUUUAGUAAACCAUUUGACAGUAUACCAGAAAUGGUUCGUCAUUUCAGCGUGAAUCGUCUUCCGAUACGAGGAGCUGAACAUAUGUGUCUUUUGCAUCCAGUCAUAGCGCAACUGUUGUAGCGCUUCUAUCGUAGCGCCCUUUAAGGCGCUGAUCAUCUAUAUAUUUCAUGAAGAGCACAUGGACUUGUCAUUGAAAAAUACGUGCAAUGGAUUCUCAGUCGAUCUUAUGAUAAAGACAUGGAGAUAGGAAGACAAAUAAGCAAUGCACGUUUCUACGUAAAUUAUUCUCAAUGUUUUUGUAAAAUUUGCUCGAUUUGGUAUCCAUAGCACGAUGCAUUGUUUACGAAAGAGAUGGGAUCAUCUGUGAGAGGACAAUAAUUGAAUUGAUUGGAUUACUACGUUGUCGGUGAAUCAUAAAAAUUAUUACAGUACAAAAUACGACAGAUUCAUUCGUAAAUAUACAUUCAAUUAAAAAACUAACAAAUGAAAUGAGUAAAAAGAGCUUGAUAAAUAUUAGGUUUUAAUUGGUUAAAAAAAAAUAUUUUAAUGUUUUUUAAAUUUGUGUCUGGAUAAUUUUAUUAACAAAGAUCAAUUCUUUACUAUGUAUGUAAUGUACUUCAGGGAAUUUUAGAUGUUUUUGGUAAAACGUACUCUUACGUAACUGUAUUACGAGCAACGUAUGUACGUCCGAAGAAAAUCUAGUUGUCUUCCCCAAUUAAUAGCGUAAUCUACCUCCGCUACACUUGAUACUACAUAAUGCAUUUUAGACGAACGUUAACUUUGAAAAUUUUUCUGAACUGAUACAAUAUAAUUUAUUGAGUCAGAGACAAUGUAAUGAUUUUUACCGAAAAAAUAAAACUGAAUUUUGAUAAAUAAAAUUUAAAAACAAAAAGCAUUUGAGAUUAGAAAUUAUCUUGGAAAGUCAUCAUGUCUACAUAAUUUUCCACAUUGAUGAUUAUUAAAAAGAAAGUACUUAUUUUAUGCAACUAAUAUUGCAUUAAGUGAAGCUAAAAUUCAUACCAACAAUCAUGUAUUUCAAGUACAGGAGGUUUGAGGACAAAAAAAAAUAAAAGAGUAAGAAAAUAAUUUUUAAAUUCAAGUUGUUUUAAAAAAAUAAAAUUUAACUUGAUUUAUUAUAAUUUUUAUAUUUAAUUGAAAGUAAAUAAUUCUUUUAAAGUUAUAAAUAUGUUAGGUUAUUAUUAUAUUUAUUGAUUUAAAGAAACAGGAACUUAUAUACAAAACAUGCGAAAAUAAAAAAAUUCAAUUUUAACUUGAAUGAGAAAACUAUUCGAAACAAUCAUAAAGUUUCUAAAAUAAUGGUUUUAUUUUCCACUCGACUGCACCGUGAAAAGAAGAAUUGUCUCAUAGAAUAAGAGAUUAAAAAAUCUUCCAUCCAAAUAAACACAAUAAAAAUUCGGCAAAGGACAAUUAAAUUUUUAUUCUAAUCAAUGCCAAAGUUGAACUUCCAUAAAAAUAUCAAGAAUUUGUACCUCAAAUUAUUUAAAAUGUCAAAAACUAUUAAAUUAGUUACUCAAUCUUUUAUUUCUUUCCUUCUAUGUCAUUUAGUUUAGACUUAGUAGCAUAAAAUUUAAUACUUGAUUUAAUGAAUAGCUUUCAGUCAAACUGUAACACUAAAUUUAAUUAUAAAUGGUAAUGAUUUAUUAGUUGAUAAAUCAUGGGUCAUCAAUUCUUAACAAUGCAUAAAUAUAAGUGUUAAACGAUUGCGAUGCAACAAACACAUAUUUUUUCAUGUGAUAAUAAUUUGUUACAGAAUUAGCCUAGUUUUCAUCUGUGAUUUAUUGAUACUUUAUAACUAUGUAUUAGUUAUGUAUCAUCGUGUGCAAUGAACAUCAAAUAAUUUACUUAUCAAUUAAUUGAUUAAUCAAUUAACGAUAAUUCGAUAAACAAAAUUAAAUUACUUUUUAAGCUAUCAUAAUUUCUCUAGAAUAAUUAUCUAUCUCAACAUGAGUAGGUGUGAUUCAGUUAUAUUGACAUACUUAUAUUUAUAAUUUAUUAACGAAUACGUCCAUAACCGUCUUAUGACAAAUAUGAAAAAAUUAACGAAAUGAAAAAAAAAAAAUUAGAAAGUGAAACAUAGCUGGGGGAAAACUGUUGAAGAAGGUGUACAAAGUUGCGCAAGAUGAUUGAUCCGUUGAAAUUUAUAUUACAUUUAUAUUUUUCUAUUUUUUAAAUAUAGGGUGUUUUGUUUGUAGAUUUGAAAGAAAUCCAGUCCUAUCCAAUAGUAAUCAUUUGAAUAUAAUUAUUAAUUAAGCACGUAUUUUAAGCUGCCAGUAUUAUUAAUUGUAAUUAAUACAUGAUGCAUAUCGACGUGAUCGUUUAAUGGAAAUAUAAUUAUAUUAUUAAAGGCCAUAUAAUAAGGUAAUAUAUUUUUCGUCACUGCUCUUAGCACAAUAUUAAUUGCGUGGGUCGUGUUUCAUAUGUUGAUUUAUUCAUAAGUCAUAAAAUUCGCAUUAAACUCUAGUGUUAAUUAUUAAUAUUAUUAUAAUUAUUAUUGAUUAUUGUAAUUAUAUUUAUCAAUAUUAUUAUUUUAGAUAAGCAACCCUAAUAUUUAUUCUAUACUGUCGUAUCACAUGAUUAAGAUUAUGGCUGACGUGUAGAUACUCCUUGUACCUUAAAGUUUAUAUGACGUAGAUCAGCUCCAGUAAAAUGAUUAAUAUUGUAAUAAUUAUUAAGUCUAGUCCAGGUCGUAUAGGGCCUAUUAGUCGUCCCUUAAUAAUUAGGUAUUUAUUAUUUAUUAAGAAAGAUCAUGUCCAAUAUAAUCUUAAUGUCUGAUAAAUUACCAUGUCAAGUAA